UGAUAAAUGCAUUCACAUUUCUGUUUAUUCGUUUUACCCCACCAAUCCAACAACGUUUUGAAUAAAAUGUUAUGUUUAAAUAUAUUUCGUCAAUGUAAAAAGAUAUCCCCAUACUUAUCGUCAUUACAAUUACAAUUAAUAAACCAUGUAGCAAGAAAGUCCAGCACCUACAAACGUUCACAACUUAGUGUACCACAUACGGAUCAUUUGCUAAGCGUAAAGAAGGAUUUAUUUGAGCAACGAACCGAGUUGAGUGACAGUGAGUGGCAAGAAUUGCGAAACAAUUUGAUAUCUAAGUACAAGCACAUAAGUUACAGCAAUGUUGAUGCUAUAAUUCUCGGGCUGUGUGGCGGCACUGAUCAACUUUCCCUGGCCAAAAGCUAUGUGCACUAUUUACGCGAAUGUGGGCUGGAACCCAACUUAGCGUCUUUUGGACGUCUUUUGCGUAUUUAUAAUAGUACUUACCAUAAAAGAGGUGUAAAUGAUGCUUCACUUACGCCAGAAGAGAAACAAGAUAUUUUGGAUAUAUAUGCUAAAUUGCGAGAACGUUAUGAAAUUCUUGAUGCCUCGACAUGUGAAAAUUUAAUAUAUGGUUUGGUUUGUACAAAAGAAUGGCAAAUGGGAGUAGAUUUGUUAAAUAUGUCUAAACUGACUAGUACACCAAGUAUUGGCGCUUAUACUGAACUCACGGUAAAAGCUUUUGCUAAGAGUGAAUUAAAUAUCGGUUGGAACUUGCUCGAAGAAACCGUGGCACAAGGCAAGGAACCUAAAUGUGAAGCAUAUUCUGCAUAUUUACAGUACGUAGCGCAGGAACCACUGACUUUACAGUGCAAUUUAGAAAAAUUAUUUGCUUUUUGGGAAAAGUAUGAACUGAUUAUAACCGCAAAUGUAGCGAAAUGUAUAACAGAAAUAUUAAAUAACAAUCUACAUAAUGCAGAGUUAUCACAAAUAGACGCACAAGGCAAAUGUAAUCAAUGUAAAGUGCACAUGAGAACUGUUACUAUUACUGAUGCAGAGUAUGCUAAAUUGAGCAAUUCCUUUUUAAAUAAGGUACUCAUACGCAAUGAUGUCUUCCAGAAAUCAACGCCAGAAGAAGUUGAACACUUCAAGCGCUAUGUCACGAAAACAGCUCCUUAUGAUUGCGUUAUCGACGGUCUUAAUGUCGCCUACUCUAUGGGCACAAAAAAACCAGCGAAAUUUUUAGCUUCAUUGCUAGCAAAUGUAGUGAAGCAUUUUAAAAAUCAGGGUAAACACGUACUUGUACUUGGACGCAAGCAUAUGAAUAACUGGCCGAAAGAUUCCAUGUUUUAUAUACGAAAAAAUGCUAGUCUCUUUCUGACUAGCAACCUUUCGCAAGAUGAUCCUUUUCUGCUAUAUGCUACAUUAAAGAGUGGACAAUCAACUGAUUUUUUCUCACGUGAUAUGAUGCGUUCACAUGCAUUUUUAUUGGGAAAUGAGUUGCGCAACAUAUUUCGGCACUGGCAACAGGUACAUCAGUACUCGUUAAUCACGCAAACGGAUAAUGGAAGGAUAAUUGUAAAGGAACCAACACGUUAUUUACUUUGCACACAUAAAGUGCAGGAUACUUGGCAUGUGCCAUAUAAACAAAGCUACUCACCAAAUCCUGCUGAAUUAUUUGAAGUGCCUGAAAGUUGGCUAUGCAUAAAAUUUAAAUGAAGUAUCAAUUUUUUACAGACAUUUUGACUAUUGGUAAAGUUUGUGCUAAAUUAUAAGUAAAAACAAAAAACAUUGAAAUGGCUUCCGAAGGGAUUGAUGAUUGGGAUGCGCCGUUGCC